CUAACACAACAUUUCAGGGUAAAAUCAUAAUAUAUUUUUCACGAAAGCGAGGUGUUAUAGCAAAACACACUGCGCCAGGGCCCCGCAAGAACACACACCUUCCAGGAGCGGCGCUCAGGCCCGCGCGUGCGCAGCGAGUCCUCACCGCCACCCCCGGAAGUCGGGAGACAGGAAGUUCCGCCCCCUCGUCCGGCCUCACAGACCUUUCCGCUCUACUCUUCGCGCGCUCUCCGUCAUUACUCGGAGAGUUCCGCGGCGCUCCCUCUGCGCCUGCGUAGUCCCGCCCCGCCCCACGCGCGGGCUGCAGCGCCGGUUCCCGCCCGGUGACCGGCCCGUGGCGCUCAGGUGUCUCCUCCCCGGUUCGGCCCGCAGCGCGCGGCGCCAGCACCAUGCUCUUCUACUCAUUUUUCAAGUCCCUCGUGGGCAAGGAUGUAGUCGUGGAGCUCAAGAAUGACUUGAGCAUCUGUGGAACCCUCCAUUCCGUGGAUCAGUAUCUCAACAUCAAACUAACUGACAUCAGUGUCACAGAUCCUGAGAAAUAUCCUCACAUGUUGUCAGUGAAGAACUGCUUCAUCCGGGGCUCAGUGGUCCGCUAUGUGCAGUUGCCAGCAGAUGAAGUGGACACACAGUUGCUACAGGAUGCAGCAAGGAAGGAAGCCCUGCAGCAGAAACAGUGAUGGCUCCUCCUCCCUUUCCCCUCCCUUGUCCAUGCCGCAGAUAGGGAGCCUUCCCCCCACACUUAAGAUUUUUUUGUGUGAUUUUUAAAAUUUUUUUUCUAACUAAGGGAUUUGGUGAUGAGAGGAAUAAUAGUAUAAUAAUGGGAGCAACUAUCCCCCCCUCUUGAGGAUAAAAAGACUGGGGAACAGAGCCUUCCCAGUACUCAGCACCUGCCUUUCACACUCUGUGGAUUUGGGAACCUCGGGUCUUUCUAGGGCAGCACGUGGUUCAUUUGGGGGAUGGAAGGCAUCUGUCCCGCAUCGGGAAUAAAAUUUAUGAUGCAAAAUUGA